AAUGUGUUUUAUUUCAUGAUCAUUCCCAGUCACUCACAGAGUUACAAGUACCCACACCACAAACGCACAACGUCAUCACACGGUGACCUUUGUACGCGCCGCCAUACUGUCAGUGAGGCUGUUGCGCUCGCAGCGGGAACACGACGCACACCAAUUACGCGCGAAAUCACCGUCAUGGAAAGUAAGAGGAAAUCUAAAAAAAGACGACCCAAAGGAAAAGACAAAAAUGAGACCUGCAAUAGAAAAAAUACGACGAAAUCUAUUGAAAUAGACACGGAGGAGAAACGACCACAACGGACGAACAAGGCUUCAAUGAAAAUGUUUGAAGAUAAUGUCUCGUCACGGUAAAGUACACCAGACCCAUUUAGCGACGAUGGAGAGUAUGGCUCCGAUGAAGAAUAUGAUCCUGCCUCUGACGAUUCAGACAGCAGUGUUGUUAGUGAUUUGGAAUUUUGUUGCAGACGCACUAAACCAUCGUUGGGGAGCAGGUCUGAGUCUGAAGCUGGUACAGAUAAUGACGAUGAUAACGAAACCGAUUCGUUUUCGGAAGCUUCAAGUAAUAGCAGUAUUUUUGACUCUCAUCGCCGCCGCCGUUUAGCUCUUAAACGUUCCCAUUCAACCACUUCAAACAAUGGCACAAACAAACCUAAAACAAAACAGGUGAAAGUUAAACAUGCUGAUGACGGUGCAGACACAAUUUCUUCGCAUUCAGAAACUUUAAGGAACAACUUGGGUGAUAUAAAAGUUUUAGAAAUCUCAUCUUUGCUUCCUGAC